CAGAAAGAACUGUACUCAGCAUGUAGUAUCUUCAUGUGUGUCCUGUGUUUGUAGGAGGAUCCAGCAGUGUUUCUACCAGGAUCCACUACAUAGAAUCUAUCACAUCAACACUGUGUGUCAUUAUAUCAUAUACACUACAUGAUGUUAUAUUUGUUCCACAGAGUUCAGAGAUCAGAGGCUCCCAUUGGUCAGUCUGCCCAGCAGCAUCAAACACAGCUGGACUCCAUAUUGAUGCUGCUCCAGGAGAACAUCAUCAGUUUUGUAAAGACCGAGCUGAAGGAGAUCGAGAGAGCUCUGAGUCCAGAUUACCCAGAAUGCUCAGAGAGUCAGAGGGAGGAUGAGGAUGAAGAGCAGAGGAGGAGCAGAGAGGCCUUUCUGGAGAUCACUCUGCACUUCCUGAGGAGAAUGAAGCAGGAGGAGCUGGCUGACUGUCUGCAGAGCAAGUGCAGACGUAAACUGAAGUCUCACCUGAAGGAGAAGUUCCAGUGUGUGUUUGAGGGGAUCGCUAAAGCAGGAAACCCAACCCUUCUGAACCAGAUCUACACAGAGCUCUACAUCACAGAGGGAGGGACUGGAGAGGUCAAUGAUGAACAUGAGGUCAGACAGAUUGAAGUAGCAUCCAGGACCCCACACAGACCAGAGACCACCAUCAGACAAGAAGACAUCUUUAAAGGCCCACCUGGAAGAGAUCAACCAAUCAGAGCAGUGCUGACAAAGGGAGUGGCUGGCAUCGGGAAAACAGUCUUAACACAGAAGUUCACUCUGGACUGGGCUGAAGACAAAGACCACCAGGACAUCCAGUUCACAUUCCCCUUCACUUUCAGAGAGCUGAAUGUGCUGAGAGAGAGAAAGUUCAGCUUGGUGGAACUUGUUCAUCACUUCUUUACUCAGACCAGAGAAGCAGGACUCUGCAGGUUUGAAGAGUUCCAGGUUUUGUUCAUCUUUGACGGUCUGGAUGAAUGUCGACUUCCUCUGGACUUCCACAACAAUCAGAUCCUGACUGAUGUUACAGAGUCCACCUCAGUGGAUGUGCUGCUGACAAACCUCAUCAGGGGGAACCUGCUCCCCUCUGCUCGCCUCUGGAUCACCACACGACCUGCAGCAGCCAAUCAGAUCCCUCCUGAGUGUGUUGACAUGGUGACAGAGGUCAGAGGGUUCACUGAUCCUCAGAAGGAGGAGUACUUCAGGAAGAGAUCCAGAGACCAGGAGCAGGCCAGCAGAAUCAUCUCCCACAUCAAGACAUCCCGAAGCCUCCACAUCAUGUGCCACAUCCCGGUCUUCUGCUGGAUCACUGCUACAGUUCUGGAGGAUGUGCUGAAGACCAGAGAGGGAGGGGAGCUGCCCAGGACCCUGACUCAGAUGUAUAUCCACUUCCUGGUGGUCCAGUCCAAACUGAAUAGCACCAAAUAUGAUGGAGGAGCUGAGACUAAUCCACUCUGGAGUCCAGAGAGCAGGGAGAUGAUCCAGUCUCUGGGAAAACUGGCUUUUGAUCAGCUGCAGAAAGGAAACCUGAUCUUCUAUGAGUCCGACCUGACAGAGUGUGGCAUCAAGAUCAAGGAAGCCUCAGUGUACUCAGGAGUGUUCACACAGAUCUUCAGAGAGGAGAGAGGACUGUACCAGGACCAGGUGUUCUGCUUCAUCCACCUGAGCGUUCAGGAGUUUCUGGCUGCUCUUCAUGUUCAUCUGACCUUCAGCAACUCUGGACUCAACCUGAUGGAAGAACAACCAAGGUCCCCGAUCUCUAGAAUCUUUAGAGACAAACCUAAACUGAACCGUCUCCAUCAGAGUGCUGUGGACCAGGCCUUACAGAGUCCGAACGGACAUCUGGAUUUGUUCCUGCGCUUCCUCCUGGGUCUUUCACUGCCGACCAAUCAGACUCUCCUGAGAGGUCUGCUGACACAGACAGGAAGUACCUCACAGACCAAUCAGAAAACAGUCCAGUACAUCAAGAUGAAGAUCAGUAAGGAUCUGUCUGCAGAGAGAAGCAUCAACCUGUUCCACUGUCUGAAUGAACUGAAGGACCGGUCUCUAGAGGAGCAGAUCCAACAGUCCCUGAGAUCAGGACUUCUCUCCACAAAGAAACUGUCACCUGCUCAGUGGUCAGCUCUGGUCUUCAUCUUACUGUCCUCAGAGAAAGAUCUAGACGUGUUUGACCUGAAAGAAUACUCUGCUUCAGAGGAGGCUCAACUGAGGCUGCUGCCAGUGAUCAAAGCCUCCAACAAAGCUGUGCUGAGUGGAUGUAACCUGUCAGAGAGAAGCUGUGAAGCUCUGUCCUCAGUCCUCAGCUCACAGUCCUCCAGCAUGAGAGAGCUGGACCUGAGUAACAACCACCUGCAGGAUUCAGGAGUGAAGAAGCUGUCUGCUGGAAUGAGGAGUCCUCACUGUAAACUGGAAACUCUCAGUCUGUCAGGAUGUCUGAUCACAGUGGAAGGCUGUGCUUUUCUGGCCUCAGCUCUGAGCUCCCAGUCCUCCAGUGUAAGAGAGCUUGACCUGAGUAACAACGACCUGCAGGAUUCAGGAGUGAAGAAGCUGUCUGCUGGACUGAGGAGUCCUCACUGGAAACUGGAAACUCUCAGGUCAGGUUUCUGCUCAUUAUGCUUCAGGUUUUUAGAAAUAGUGAGAAUCAGUAGACAUUUAUUUACUGCAUUAAUCGUUUCUAACUCCAGUCUGUCAGGAUGUCUGAUCACAGUGGAAGGCUGUGCUUCUCUGGCCUCAGCUCUGACCUCCAACCCCUCCCACAUGAGAGAGCUGGACCUGAGCUACAACCAUCCAGGAGACUCAGGAGUGAAUCUGCUAUCUGCUGGACUGGUUGAUCCGCUCUGCAGACUGGAUACACUGAGGGUGGACCAUGGUGGAGAGCAGUGGUUAAAACCUGGACUGAAGAAGUAUGUCUGUGAACUCACUCUGGACUCAAACACAGCACACAGAUACCUCAGACUGUCUGAAAACAACAGGAAGGUGACAUGGGUGGGAGAGGAUCGGCCAUAUCUUGAUCAUCCAGACAGAUUUGACUCCUGGAAACAGCUGCUGUGCAGAGAUGGUCUGACUGGUCGCUGUUACUGGGAGGUCGAGUGGAGAGGAAGGGUUCAUAUAUCAGUGAGUUACAGAGGAAUCAGAAGGAAAGGAAACAGUCCUGACUGUGAGUUUGGAUUUAAUGAUCAGUCCUGGAGUCUGUUCUGCUCUGAUAAACGUUACUAUGUCCGUCACAAUAACAGAGAAACAGUCCUCCGUCUCUCCUCGUCCUCUGUCUCUCACAGAGUAGCAGUGUAUGUGGACUGUCCUGCUGGCACUCUGUCCUUCUACAGAGUCUCCUCUGACUCUCUGAUCCACCUCCACACCUUCAGAACCUCCUUCACUGAACCUCUGUAUCCUGGGUUUAGGUUGUCUUCUGGUUCCUCAGUGCGUGUGUGUUCUGUGUAGCAGGGAGAGUCUCCUCCUCUCUACACACACACACACACACACACACAAACACACACACACACCCUUCAGCUGAUAAUGUGACUGUGUCUGUCUCAGCAGUAUGAAUGUCUGUUAAUAAAGAGCAGGACUCAAUGGAAA